AUGUUCUUGAGUCUUGACCUCUUAACCAUCCACUCCAAAUGGCUGGUGAAACCAACUGGUUAGUGACUCCAAUUGACUCGUCACCAGCAAACUCACUACUCCGAGUUAACUCAGUUCCCCCUGCUAUAUAUUCCUUCCUCCACUCCCCCUAGCUCCCACCACUUUCCAACAACAGAAAAAAAUAUUAAUUCUUUUUUUUUUCUUUUUAAUAUUAGCAUUCGUCGAUUCAGUUCCCAGAAAAUGGUUUUUUGUUCCGGCGCCGGCGCUUUUGUUUUCUUCUGCCUGCUGGUGGUCGGAGGGGCGGCGGCGCGGCCGCCGUUUGCGUGCGACCCGAAGGACGGGGCGACGGUGGGGCUGCCGUUUUGCAAGGCGGCGCUGCCGAUAGCGGCGAGAGUGCAGGACCUGGUGGGGCGGCUGACGCUGCCGGAAAAGGUGGGGCUCCUGGUGAACAAUGCGGCCGCCGUGCCCCGGCUGGGCAUCAAGGGCUACGAGUGGUGGUCGGAGGCGCUCCACGGGGUGUCCAAUGUGGGCCCCGGCACCAAGUUCGUCGGCGACUUCCCUGGCGCCACCAGCUUCCCCCAAGUCAUUACCACCGCCGCCUCCUUCAAUGCCUCCCUCUGGGAAGCCAUCGGACGGGUGGUUUCGGACGAGGCGAGGGCGAUGUACAACGGCGGAACGGCGGGUCUGACGUACUGGAGUCCGAACGUGAACAUAUUCCGCGACCCGAGGUGGGGGCGGGGCCAGGAGACGCCCGGCGAGGACCCGGUGGUCGCCGGCAAGUACGCUGCCAGGUACGUCCGGGGGCUACAGGGGGAUGCCGCCGGCGACCGGCUGAAGGUGGCCGCCUGCUGCAAGCACUUCACCGCCUACGACCUCGACAACUGGAACGGCGUCGACCGGUUCCACUUCAAUGCUCUGGUUAGCAAACAGGACAUAGAGGACACAUUUAAUGUGCCAUUUAGGGCAUGUGUGAAGGAAGGCAAGGUCUCUAGUGUUAUGUGCUCUUACAACCAAGUCAACGGAGUCCCAACUUGUGCUGAUCCAAAACUCCUUCGAAAAACCAUUCGCGGUCAAUGGGGCCUCGAUGGUUACAUUGUAUCGGAUUGUGACUCGGUUGGAGUUUUUUAUGAUAAUCAACACUUUACUUCAACUCCAGAAGAAGCAGCUGCAGAUGCUAUCAAAGCAGGUUUGGACUUGGACUGUGGGCCUUUUUUGGCGCUCCACACUCAAGAUGCCAUAAAGAAAGGGAUCUUGGGUGAGGUUGAUGUUAACAAUGCAUUGACGAACACACUCACUGUCCAAAUGAGACUAGGGAUGCUUGACGGAGAGCCGUCGGCCCAACCAUUUGGCAACCUAGGCCCAAAAGAUGUUUGCACCCCAGCCCAUCAACAACUUGCCCUAGAGGCAGCAAGACAAGGCAUUGUCCUUCUUAAGAACAAAGGCCCUUCCUUGCCCCUCUCUACUAGUCAUCACCGCACUGUUGCCGUUAUUGGGCCUAAUUCGAACGUCACUGUCACAAUGAUCGGAAACUAUGCUGGGAUUGCUUGUGGAUAUGCAAGUCCUUUAGCAGGUGUAGGGAAAUAUGCUAGUACCAUUCACCAAAUGGGCUGUGUUGAUGUGGCAUGUGCCGAUGACGGGCAAUUUGGGCCAGCCAUAGAUGCGGCUCGUAAAGCUGAUGCAACUGUUUUGUUUAUGGGCCUGGACCAAAACAUUGAAGCUGAAACCAAAGAUCGGGCUGAUCUACUUCUACCCGGGCACCAACAGGACCUCAUAUCGAAGGUUUCUGCAGCCUCUAGAGGCCCAACAAUAUUGGUCUUGAUGAGUGGCGGCCCAAUAGAUCUUUCCUUUGCUAAGAACGAUCCUCGCAUUCUUGCAAUCAUAUGGGCCGGGUACCCGGGUCAAGCCGGAGGAGCUGCCAUUGCUGAUGUCCUAUUUGGAACAACAAACCCAGGAGGAAAGCUUCCAAUGACAUGGUACCCUCAAGGCUACCUUUCUGGCGUACCCAUGACAACGAUGGACAUGCGUUCAAGUCCAUCAAAGGGCUAUCCGGGUCGGACCUAUCGAUUCUAUGAGGGCCCAGUCGUGUACCCAUUUGGCUAUGGGCUGAGCUAUACACAUUUUGUACAUACCGUUGUUCAAGCACCCACCACGGUGGUUGUCCCCCUCCAUGGCCACCACCGUACUUCCUCAAACACCAGUGUCACCGGCGGUGCGGUGAGAGUCACGCAUGCUAAAUGCGCGCGGCUCUCCAUCGGCAUGGACGUGGAUGUGAAGAACACCGGCCGCGUCGACGGAGCUCACACCCUUCUGGUGUUCGCGAAGCCUCCGGUGAGGGGGCAUUGGGCCCCACGCAAACAACUGGUGGCAUUUGAGAGGGUGAACGUGGCGGCUGGGUCCCAACAAAGGGUUAAGAUCGGAAUACACGUGUGCAAGUACCUUAGCGUGGUGGACAGAUUGGGAAUUAGGAGAAUUCCUAUAGGUGACCACAAUCUUCAUAUUGGCGACGCCAGGCACACCGUGUCAAUCCAUGCAACCACGCUCGGGGUGAUCAAGACUUAACCUUUUGAUAUAGACGGAUAUGCCCAUGCGGCUUACAGGAGCAAAAUAAUUCUUAUACUUUUCUUCUUCUUCUUCUUCUUCUUCAUUGUUUGGAUUCAUAAUAAGUGGAGGAAAUGUGAAAAUAGAAAGAAAAGCAUUAGAAUUCUGCAAAGGCAGGCAGAGGAAUUGCUAUUCAAAGAAAAUAGGAAGGACAAUUUUUUUCCUUGGAAGUGAAAUAUUGUAGUGGGGGUGCUCUUGAGGAGAUUGCUAAAAGAUUGGAUUUUAAUUGGAAUAUAUUCUUGUCAUUGCUUGUUCAUUAA